AUGGGCGCGAAUCUGCUUCCCCAGUUGGUAGAGAGCGAGGGCAAUGUGACGCGAGACUUCAACCAAAGCAUUAUUCCACCAAUUGCGGCGACCUUUUGCGGUGAGGAGGCCAGAACUAGUACACCCAGCGGCCUCGAAGCUGGUGGACCGUCGCUCUUCUCGCGAUCUCAACUUGCGGCCCCGGGGUCUACGAAGGUUAUUGACUACCAAAUGGUUAUGAACUAUGAGAGCCCGUUGCUUGAUAAGCCAGUAAUGAUAUGGGAGAUAGAGAAACUCCGCACGAUCAGGCGAGAGGAAUGGGAGAACAUGGACCGGUGA